UCAGCUGGAGAGGCUUUGUGUCCCCAUGGGGAGCUUUCCUAACUCUGUGACUUCCUUCAGGAGGGUAUUGCACUGUGUCGUUUGGAGCCAGCAGGCAGUGCUGGCAGCAGGCAGGGAUCCACAGCGCUGGAUCCUGUGCCAGAGAGCACCAAAAUGGGGCAGAGUUUUAGGGAGCACCUUCAUCUUGCCCUCAUCCUCUUACUUCUGCAUCUGGAGUCUGCAGUGACCAGCGAUCCCCCACACAACUGCUAUGGGGCUCCAGGCCUGCCAGGCAUCCCGGGUGUGCCAGGCAGGGAUGGCCGGGAUGGGCUGAAGGGAGCCAAAGGCGAGCCAGGCAUUCCGGCCAUUCCUACUAUGCAAGGUCCCAAGGGCAUGAAGGGGGAGCCAGGCAGCCCAGGUUUGAGGGGCAAGAUGGGCCCCAUCGGUCCUGCUGGUCCCCCUGGAGACCCGGGGGCGAUGGGUCCUGUUGGACAGCAGGGGCUGCCAGGCAGCCUCAAGAGGAUGCACCAGUCAGCAUUCUCAGUGACGAGACAGACUGGUGAGCACCCCAUGAAGAACGCCCCUGUGAUCUUCAACAACGUCAUCAUCAACACCAACAACGACUACAGCACCACUACAGGCAAGUUUACCAGCAAGAUCUCCGGCCUCUACUACUUUGUCUACCACAGCUCAAUGGAAAGGAACCUCUGCAUCCUCCUGUUCCAGGACAAAAUGAAGAAGGCCAGCUUCUGUGACCACAAGACCAACAACAUCCAGGUUACCUCUGGAGGAGUCCUCCUCCAUCUGAAGGCUGGGAACCAGGUCUGGCUGGAGGUGAAUGAUUACAAUGGCAUGGUGGGCACUGGUGAAUCUGACAGCAUUUUCUCGGGGUUCCUGCUCUUCCCAGACUAGAGGAGCACCAAGGCUCACCCAGCACACACAGCUCUGUCUCCUUCCCUGUCAAUAAAUCCUUCCCCAAUGUG